GUGUGCCCCCCCCAAACCCCUCGCCGCAGCUGUUGAAGUGGUGCCAAGCAGGUGAAGUCGCAGCUGCACAUUAACGUCACCCUCUCUCUCACCCGCAGCAGCUGCCGGCUCUUCACUAGCUCUGAACACACUUCUUUCUCGCUUCACCCUCUCCACCAACCACAACGCUCGAUCGCACGUCGUGUGGAUCGCACGUCGUUUGGUCGCCUGGUUGAUUGCUGUCGCGUGGGACGCACGAAGCCCACCAAUGCAAGGCUACGCUUGCUCUGUCAUCCUGUUCACUCUCUUCGUAGCAUCCGUUUGCUGCGGGGGGGACCCUUCGAGAGACGAAAGGGAAAGGGAUGAUUAUUCAACGCUUCUUGCUGUAGGAGGAGCUGUAGUGGGAGCGACCGGGGCUGUGAUGGCCGCUCCUGCCGUACUUGCGGCAGCUGGAUUCACAGCAGCCGGCGUGGCAGCCGGAUCGCUGGCCGCGGCGGCCCAGGCAACAAUGGGUGGCGUCGUGGCGAAAGGCAGCCUCUUCGCAUUAUGCCAGAGCUGGGGCGCAGCUGGUCUUCCCCUUGCCGCGAAGGGUGCUGCAGCCACGGUUGGUGCAUGGCUUGGCUUCAAUGCUGUCGACUGAACCAGCUUUGUCACAAUGGUUUCGCUUGUGGCCCAAUAAUGAUGAUGAUGAUGAUGAUGAACCUUCGGCUUUGCUGGCACUCGCCCACAAAGGGGGAUCGGCCAAGAACCGGGCGGCAGGAUCAUCAAUAAAAACGCAAACAAAAUUCAUUGCUUAA